GGACUGGAAGGAGAAACAGGAAAGGGAGGAGGGGGAGAGAGGCUCUGGGUUGCUGCUGCUGCUGCUGCUGCUGCCGCUGCUGUGACUGUCUCUGUACACUCACCGGCAGGCUUGGAGCCGGCUCCCUCGCCCGCCUGCCAGCCUGGGAAAGUGGGUUACAGAGCGAAGGAGCUCAGCUCAUGCACUAGCAGAGGAGCGUCCAGCCACAGAGAGACUAAACAAGGACCCCUUCCUCUGGCUUUCUCUUCAGCUCUUCCAGAGGGCUUGCCAUUUGUACUCUCUCUUUUGAAAUUGUGUUGCUUUUACUUUUUCACCCUUCUGCCUGGGUUUUGUGAGGGCUUUGUUAAGUCUUAGAGGGAAAAGAGACUGAGCGAGGGAAAGAGAGAGGCAAAGUGGAAAGGACCACAAACUGGCAAAGCCCGCUCUGCGCUCGCUGUGGAUGAAAGCCCGGUGCUGGUGAAGCCUCUCCCGCGAGCAGCGCGCGCCCCUCCAGAGCACCCCACGGACCCGAACCUCGGCAGUGGCCACCAUGGUCGGGAGAGUUCAGCCAGAUCGGAAACAGUUGCCGCUGGUCCUACUGAGAUUGCUCUGCCUUCUUCCCACAGGACUGCCUGUUCGCAGCGUGGAUUUUAACCGAGGCACGGACAACAUCACCGUGAGGCAGGGGGACACAGCCAUCCUCAGGUGUGUUGUAGAAGACAAGAACUCAAAGGUGGCCUGGUUGAACCGUUCUGGCAUCAUUUUUGCUGGACAUGACAAGUGGUCUCUGGACCCACGGGUUGAGCUGGAGAAACGCCAUUCUCUGGAAUACAGCCUCCGAAUCCAGAAGGUGGAUGUCUAUGAUGAGGGUUCCUACACUUGCUCAGUUCAGACACAGCAUGAGCCCAAGACCUCCCAAGUUUACUUGAUCGUACAAGUCCCACCAAAGAUCUCCAACAUCUCCUCGGAUGUCACUGUGAAUGAGGGCAGCAACGUGACCCUGGUCUGCAUGGCCAAUGGUCGUCCUGAACCUGUUAUCACCUGGAGACACCUCACACCAACUGGAAGGGAAUUUGAAGGAGAAGAAGAAUAUCUGGAGAUCCUCGGCAUCACCAGGGAGCAGUCAGGCAAAUAUGAGUGCAAAGCUGCCAACGAGGUCUCCUCGGCGGAUGUCAAACAAGUCAAGGUCACUGUGAACUAUCCUCCCACUAUCACAGAAUCCAAGAGUAAUGAAGCCACCACAGGACGACAAGCUUCACUCAAAUGUGAGGCCUCAGCAGUGCCUGCACCUGACUUCGAGUGGUACCGGGAUGACACUAGGAUAAACAGUGCCAAUGGCCUUGAGAUUAAGAGCACCGAGGGCCAGUCUUCCCUGACGGUGACCAAUGUCACUGAAGAGCACUAUGGCAACUACACCUGCGUGGCUGCCAACAAGCUGGGGGUCACCAAUGCCAGCCUAGUCCUUUUCAAACGUGUUUUACCCACAAUCCCCCACCCCAUUCAAGAAAUUGGUACCACCGUGCACUUCAAGCAAAAAGGACCUGGGUCGGUGAGAGGAAUAAAUGGAUCCAUCAGUCUGGCCGUACCACUGUGGCUGCUGGCAGCAUCUCUGCUCUGCCUUCUCAGCAAAUGUUAAUAGAAUAAAAAUUUAAAAAUAAUUUAAAAAACACACAAAAAUGCGUCACACAGAAUACAGAGAGAGAGAGAGAGAGAGAUGGGGGGAGACCGUUUAUUUCACAACUUUGUGUGUUUAUACAUGAAGGGGGAAAUAAGAAAAUGAAGAAGAAAAUACAACAUUUAAAACAAUUUUACAGUCCAUCAUUAAAAAUUUAAGUAUCAUUCAGGAUGGAGAAGUUUCUACCAGGAUAUGUUUAUAUCUACUAAGCAAAUGUAUGCUGUGUAAAGACAACGUCAUACUAAAGACAUCCCGGAUGCUGUAAAAAUAGGACAAGAACCAGAUGGAUAUUAAGCCCCCAACACACACGUUAUCCUUCCUUCCUUCAUCCUUUUUCAUCUGUGGGGAAAAAAUAAGGUCUUGCCUUUGGUGUUUAUAUUUCCAUAACCUUUUAAUUCUGUUUUUCAUUUGCGCUGACUUGUAGCCACUUCAGACUAUCAAUGGAAUCUUAUGUUGAGCCGUUCUCUGGCUUUCCUUCCUCCACUAUCUCUCCAACUUUAGACAUCAUCCCCUCUCCCUCCACUGUGUUCUCUCUCCCCCACACCCAUCCUAGAUAUCCCCUUAUUACCCACCUUUCCUCCCCCACCUCUCCUCACCCUCACCCCCUCCCCAGAGCACUAGUCAUGCCGCAAAUGCUAGGAAGUGCCAUUUUAAUUUUCUCCACUGUGCGUGUGUGCUCAAGUCUUUCGCUCUCACGUGGGUGUACAUGUGUGUGAGCGUGUGUGUGUCUCUCUCUAAAGCAUGCCAAGGGAAUGGUCCAUGUGUACAUAGACUCACUGUGCUGUAGAUACUGUCCUGCAUUGUAAUUGUGAGAUGCGGCUGUAACAAGUUGCUGGGGGAGAUGGCGGGGAAGGAGGCAAGGAGCAGAGUCCUCCCCCCAUCCAUGGCUGUCACAUGGCAUCAGUGUGUAUUCAAACCAAGCUGUGCCCCUUCCAAGGGCAGGACCCCAUAUUCCUCCUAGUCCCAUCAUCAGAACCGAGUGGGGAGUCACUCAGAAUAUCACUGUAAAUGAAAGUGCCUACUAUCGAUGGGGUAAGCAAACAGCAUAAGGAAUUAUGACAUGAACAAGGUGAACUAGGAGAGAAAAUUUCAGAUUUUACUCUCAUUUCAUGAGACUGAGGGAUUCACAUAUUUCCUGGCUUUUAACAGGGUAGGCCCUGCUCUGCUGCAAAAAUGAGCAGCAUGUGUUGAGUAAAUCCCCAGAAACAGGAAGGUCUCCAAGUGUCAACUCCCAG